AUGCAAUCAACAACACCUACUGUGUUCGUGAAUAGUAGUCGCGAAGGAAUUGCACGAGCCAAGGCAGGUAAUUACGCGUAUAUGAUGGAAUCGUCAAUGUUGGAGUAUUACAUGGCAAGAGAUUGUCAGUUGCAGGCCAUCGGAGGUUUGCUUGACUCAAAGGGCUACGGAAUUGCUUUACCGAAAGGAUCGCCACUUCGACAUUUGCUAUCACAAACUGUGCUCCAGCUUCAGGAGCGGACUAUACUUGAAGCACUGAAAAUGAAAUGGUGGAAAGAUAAAAGUGGUGAAUUAUAG